AUGGUCCGCCGAGCUGUGCUCUUGGCCUGUGUGGCCUACGCAGGAGCAACAGAUGAUGCGAAAUCUUGCAUCAAGAAGUUCUCCACGUAUUAUGAUGAUUCCGAGGAUCCUGUUGACGUGGGGUACUCGGACUCUGCUGUACAGUGCCAGGCUGCCUGUGCGCUACAAGCUGGAUGUGAUGCAUGGACCUACCUGAGCGACUCGCAAGUGUGUUGGCAGCUGCCCAUGACACCGGAAUUGGUGCUCAUUGGCAACACAUUCGGCACCAGCGGUCUGAAAAACUGUGCGCCACCUGCACCUGCGGCCGUUAAGGCCGCAGUGGUCGCAGAGGCUACCGUAACCAUGGCGCCUGUGCCAUACCAAGGCGGGCUGCGGCCGAAAUGCUCCUUCCGGGGAAAGGCCUUCUUCGACUCCAGUGUGCAGGUGAUGAACGGUGGCAUAGUGGGAUCACCGCAGGAUUGUGCGACAAGCUGCAACUCACAACCAACGUGUCAGUUCUGGACCUUCUACAACAACACUGGGGCAUGCUGGCUUCAGGGCUCCAACGUGACGCAACAUGAAAGCGAGUUUGCUGUCAGUGGGCCCAAGCUCUGUGUACAAGCUGUGGAAAGUGAUCGCUACGAGUCUGGGCACAACAUCACACGGGCCGGCCAGCUGGUCAUGAUGCGAUCUAUUCCUCGACCGAGUUGCUCCAACCGCGGCCAAGCAUAUCGUCAUGCAACAAUGAAGACACCAACUUAUGUUGCAGAUGCCAACGCUUGCCAGUACUCCUGCCAGACCCUGUCUUUUUGUAGCAGGUUCACAUACUACAUUGACUCCAAAGGUUGCUGGCUGCUGGAUGACAACGUCACAACCUUUGCGAGUGACAUGGCCAUCAGUGGGCCCAAGGCAUGCGCCAAGCCAAUCGUUACGGAGACGGAGCCUGCUGCGACGCCAGGUUUGCGCGCGACCCUUGAGACAGGUCACGCCCAGGAUGCAUGCAGAAGAAUCGGUGUUGCCUACCACGGCAACUUGGUGUCGUCGAUGGCCGCUACGAGCUCUUCGGAAUGUCAGCAGCGAUGCAAGAUGUCGGGGGGAUGCGACGUCUUCACUUACCGGCUGGACUCCAACAGGUGCUUGCUGCAUGGAUCCAGGGCCGUGGAGCAGGAACAUCCUCGCGCUGUCAGCGGGCCCAAGGCCUGCCUUGAGAAAUUCCAGAUGCUGGCGAGCCUGCCGGCGAAGGCGUAUGAUUCGUCAAGCAGAGGCAAACAUCUGCGCCACGAGCAGUCACAGGCUGAAAUGGAGAGGAGGCCAUGCUUGCAGCACAUGGACGAAGAAACAACAACUCAUCCGUCACGGACAGGCUCAGCCACUUGA